UUCGACCAAGUGCAUCAUCGCUCAACGACGCCUGCCGUCCCACCAUCGCAACAAUGGGUGCCGAGAACUCGAAACCCUCGUCUGAGGUCAAGCAGCAUGUCUUCUCCCCAGAUCACCCCGUCAGCUUCUCCAAUGAGCUGGUCGGUUCGCUGCAGAAGAAUCCUUUCACAGACUCAGCACGGUCAAGACAAUUGGAACUUCAGUACCAGGAACGUCUGACAGCUGAACUCGAGAAACUGCGCGCCCAAGAGAUUCAGAACUUCAACAAGAUCAGCGAAACCCUGUCAGACGAGAUUCAGCAACCCAGCGAGCCCUCGCUUGUCGAGAAGAUUCAAGACGCCACAUCCAGCAGCUCCACGCUCGCUGAAAAGCAGAGGCAAAAGGACAUGAGCAGGGACAGCGUUACUAAGGAAAUUGAGCGCCUUAAGGCCAAGCUCGAGCAGAGAAAGAAACUGGAGCAGGCCGACGCCGACGUGACAAAGGCAAAGGAGGCCGUAGUCGCGUGUCUGAGGACCCACGACCGUCGCCCGCUGGACUGCUGGAAGGAGGUGGAGGCUUUCAAGCACGAGGUCGGCCGGCUGGAGAAGGAGUUUGUGCACAAGACAAUCUCAUGAGUGACAUCACAUGCAUUUUGUUUGCACGAGCUUCGAGGCUGGCAUUUUCUGUAUAGAUAGAUAAGGCGUGGUGAAUUACCCUGGACGUCUUCCUCGUUCUUGGACUCGUUGUGCCACUUGACUCCCUGUCUAUGUGUCUGCUCUUUCCCUACUUGUCACCGCUUCUUCCAGAUUAUUUUGCCUGGCCAAAUUCACCUUCACUACAAAGCGGCAUCCACUGUAGCUUGAUUCCUUCACUUCACCACAAUCCAUCAGUGGGGCUGCUUUCACUCCUCUACCGCUACUCCGCUGCUGCAAGAACCACGCACAAACUCUCUGCUGUCACCUCUUGCUAAAUACCUCCCUACUACACGAAUUGACAGCCGUGCGUAGAACAAAGCUGCU